AUGUCCUACGAACCGAGGCUUCGCACGUCCACGGGGCCAAGGCGCAGUAAGAUUACCCCUCUUCAAUCAGGAAAUCACUCAAAAUCAGUAAAAGGUCUCCCACCAAUCGAUAAUGAAAACACGCCAACGUUAAAGCAGGCUUUUAAAGGAGUUAUAGAUGCAGUUUCAAUAUUUCUGACUCAUAAUAGUGAGACUGUAUCAUUUCACAGUUCUCUUUCCAAGCAAAUCACCGAAAUCGAUGGAUUAUUUGGUGAAUUCCAUGCAAAUUUAAGUCGAACUACAAAUUCAAAAAGGCAAUCACAAUCAUCGACAAAUACGCCUGCUAAAUCACUUGUUUCUGCUGCUCUUCCCUUUUUCAGAUCAUUCGAAGCACUAAAAUCAAUAAUUUCUCAAAUAAGUUCUACGGGAACGAAAUCAAUUGAGGAAACAGUCGAAGCAAGUUUCUCAUGUAUUAACGAAACACUCAACUAUGUUCGUAUAAAAUCCGAUGAUUGCGGCUCAAUUGAUCCAAUAAUUAAAAGAUUACAAACAAUGUCGAUGAUUCUUAGUCCUAUUAAAACAUCUGUAAUACAAAUACUAAGAAAACAAGAAUCCCCUGAAAGCCAAGGCCGUCUUACAACAGAAUUAAGAAAUUAUUCAAGAACAAUUAAUUCUGCAUUCAGAAACGAGUUUUCGACAUUACAAAUAAAUGCAAAUGAAGUAGAAGCCCUUAGAUUGAAAGCUUACAAUGCCUGCAGUGAUAUUAUUUACGGAAUGAAAUCAAUUUUAUUAUUUGAAGAAGAUAUCAGCAGAGUUCUCAAAUAUAUACAAGACUUUGAACAAGUACUUGAGAAAGAAGCCAAAAGAAAUGGUUUGUAUCACUAUUUAGGCCCUCAAAAACCAGAAAAUCAAGAAACAGUUUUAGAAUUCAAUAUUUCUAAAUAUCCAGAUCUUUCUGACCUCCUCAGACGAUUAUGUGCUUAUAUAAGAGAUGGAGGUGAAGAUAAAAAGUUUAUUGUCCAAGUUUUGGAAAUUUCAUCAGCAAAAGCUGUUUUAUUUGAAGAAGAAGAUAUAGAAAGCAUGAAAAAGAGAAUUGUAGACUUAGAAAAAUCAAUUACUCAAAUGAAAGCUAAAGAAAAAACUUCAAAUUUGAAUAAUGAUUUUUCAAAUAAGCUGAGAUCAACAGUUAUGCAAUCUAUUGACAUGAUGAAAAUGAAGGCCAAUCAAAUGGAUGUACACGUAAUAGAUGAUAAUGAAAUAAUUCCUACAUUUAAUAAUUUAUUAAAUCAAAUUUUGGAAGAACAACCAAAGAAAGUCGAAAUGCCGAAGGACACAGAGUUCGAGAAAGAGAUAAUGAACUUGUUCGCCGCAAAAUCUCAUAGGGAAGUCAUAGAAAAAGUUCAUAAAAUUCAACAUAGAAACGAAUAUUUGGAGUCAGAAUAUGAAAAAUUUUCAAAUGCGCAGACUCAAAAACUUCGGGAUAGAAUCUGCUUGUUAUCACAAUCACUUGGAGUCCAAGUUUCCGAUUCGGAUGUCGAAACAAUUGAUAAAAUUUCGGAUUACGUCGAAAGGCAAAAAGAAGAUCACCAAAAGAUUGCUAAUCUAUUCCAAAUAGAUGGAGAAUUGAUAUACAAUGGCGUUGAGUCGAUUUAUUCAAGUUAUAAAUCAAUUUUAACAAAAGCUGAGCAAAAGCUCAAAGAUUACUUGAAUAUGACACCAGAAUGUGAUAGCCUAACGCAAUCUGUAUCAAAUAUGCUUGACAAACUUGAUUCUGUUGACAAAUCAACAUCUUAUAAGACAUUAAAUCAAGUUUACUCAAGUCUUUUACCACUUGCAGGUAUACAUAAUGCACCAACAAUAUUACAUGCUGGAAAGAACUAUAUAUCUCAGUUUGAAAUGCUUAUUGAAGCGAUAUCUCAAAAAAUUAGUCCAAAUCAGAAUAGUAAACUAACUUCUGCCGUUAAGCAAUUGCACCAAAAGAUAGGAAACGCAUCAAAUCAGAUCAAUACAGAGUCUGACGGCGAACUUAUUGAUCUUAUUGAAGAAAGCCUCAAGAAUUUUGAUAUAAUAGUAGAAAAAUUAAGAAAUUCUAUAACAGACGGUUUUGUUCGUAAAACAUUCAAAGCCAAAGAAUCAGAAGAGCCGCUCAGUAUUUUAAUGGAUCGUGCCGCGCGUCUAGAAAUUCUCGAAUCAUCGCUAGUAACUGUUAGGCCGUUAACUGAAAUCCUUGAAAGAAGCCUCGGAACUCUCGAAAUCGGAAGCGAUAAAUGGUUCACAACAUUAAGGGAAAAUGUUGUUGAAAUGAACAAUGCUCUCAAUAACAUUGCUUCUUCCAAGAUAAAUUCCACAAUAUUUUUAUUACUUUCCCGAUUCAUAUCUUUAUUAUCUUCAAUUGUUCCUGUAAUUAGUCCAACUAAUUCAAGAAAGCAUCUUUAA